CACUCAGUCAUGAUGUCGAAAAGGCAAGCGGAGCUGUCGCUAGAUGAGGAGGGUCUCUCUGCGGGCUCUCCUGUCUCGAAAAAGGCGCGCGUGGAAGACGGUGACCUGCCUGAAGACGAUCCGCGCGGUAAAGCUCUGCCGCUUCGUCACGCCAAUGGGCAGGACAUACUCGCAGCUGCAGAACAGGAAGGCGAGGAACUCGAGGAAGCGGCGCAGGAUAACGGAGCUGGGACUUCUGAUGUCGAGACCGAUGACGACAGACCGGCCAUCGCAGCCCCGAAACGCCAGAGUGCACCUUUGGAGGGAUACAGCGACCUCUACCUCGACACCAUCAAUCGCGAAAUCCUCGACUUCGACUUCGAGAAACAAUGCUCCGUGAGCUUGUCCAAUAUCAAUGUUUACGCCUGCCUCGUCUGUGGAAAGUACUUUCAGGGAAGAGGCCCCAAGUCGUAUGCAUACUUCCAUGCGCUCGAGGUCGGACACCAUGUCUUCAUCAACAUGGGAACCAAGAAGGUCUACGUUCUUCCUGAAGGAUACGAAGUCAAGAACAAGAGCUUGGACGAUAUCAAAUACGUUGUAGAUCCGCACUACAACAAGGAAGAUGUGGCCAAACUAGAUAAAGAGGUUCAUGAUGCGUUCGACCUCGCAGGUAAUCGUUACCGACCUGGAUUCGUCGGCAUGAACAACAUCAAAGCCAACGACUACCUGAACGUCGUCGUCCAACUCCUUGGCCACGUCUUCCCCAUCCGCAACUACUUCCUAUUGCACGACUUCUCCCAACCAGGCACGCCCCAACUCGCCGUUCGAUUCAGCACACUGGUGCGGAAACUAUGGAAUCACAAGGCCUUCCGGUCGCACGUAUCACCGCACGAGCUCCUCCAGGAGAUCGCCCUGCGGUCGUCGAAACGCUUCACACUCACUCAGCAAUCCGACCCGGUGGAGUUCCUCUCCUGGUUCCUGAACAACCUCCACCUUUCCCUCGGCGGCUCCAAGAAGCCCUCCAAGACGCCCACAAGUGUCGUCCACGCCGCCUUCCAAGGCCACCUCAGAAUCGAGAGCCAGGCCAUCACGGCGCAUUCCGAUACCCAAAACGCACGCCUGGUCUUCACGGAGUCCGGCACCAUCAACAGCCAAACCACCCCCUACCUCAUCCUCACCCUCGAUCUGCCCCCGACGCCCCUCUUCCAAUCCUCCAACCGGGAAUCCAUCAUUCCCCAGGUGCCGCUCACCACCCUCCUGAACAAGUACAACGGCAUCACCGCCUCCGAAAAGCUGGCCCAGCGAGUCCGCCACCGGCUCAUGCACCCAUUACCCCCCUACCUCCUCUUCCACAUCAAACGCUUUAGCAAGAACCGGUUCGUGUCCGAGCGCAACCCCACCAUCGUCACCUUCCCCUCGCCCCGCUCCCUGGACAUGUCGCCGUAUGUCGAACCCAACCCCGACGUCUGGCCGCACAGCGAACCGAUCCUGUACGAUCUCGUCGCCAACAUCAUCCUUGACCCGACUGUCGCCGCACCAGGUGCCCACGAAGAAGCCGCGGCAGAUAAAGGCGUUAACGCCGCGGGAGGUGGCAGCAGCGGUGGUGGUGGUAGCGGCGGCGGAUCGUCGUCCUCCUCCAGUGGUGCGGGCGGGGGCAGCGAGAAGGUCUCCUGGCUCGUCCAACUGCAUGACAAGGCCAUGGCUGCGGAGAAUAGCCGCAUCCAGAAAGAGCAUGCUGGGGAGCAGCGUGGGCCAGAAUGGUUGGAGAUCCAGGAUCUGUUUGUCAAGAAGGCAGAAAGUGAGACCCUGUUCACCAAGGAGGGAUAUCUCAUGGUCUGGGAGCGCCGUAAGGUUCCUGGGAAGGCGAACCGCAAGGGUAAAGCUGCGGCCAAGUAAUCGUAGAAAAGGCCUUUUUGGGUUUGGCUAGCUAUGCGUGCUUGUAUUUCAGGUCUCUGGGUUCGCACGUAUGCUAAU